AUGGCCGCAUUCCCAUUACUCUCUGUAUACAUUCUUCUAUCUUUUCUAUUGAUUUCCGAUAUUCCUAAUUGCUUGUCCGCCGGAAGACCGAUCGAAGCUCCGGUGCCGACGGUCCAUGAACUUCUCCAGCAAUACGGGUUUCCAAAGGGUUUAAUGCCCCGAUCCGCCAAGGCCUACUCUCUGUCCGCCGAUGGAACCUUCGAAGUGGAACUGGAAGGGACCUGCUACAUCACAUUCAAGAACCAGCUCGUUUAUUACGAUGCCACGAUUAAAGGGAAACUGAGGCACGGCUCUGUUUCUAGUGUAUCUGGAAUCCAGACUAAGAAGUUCUUUUUGUGGGUUCCGGUCACUGCAAUCAAUGCCGACGAAACGUCCGGAAUGCUUGAGUUUCACGUCGGAGCUUUGUCGGAGAAACUUCCGGCCAAACAGUUUGAUAAAAUUCAUAAUUGUGAGAAACAGGCUGGUGGUUGGCGUCAAUCUGGAGUUUCAAUCUGA